AUGGGUAAAGAUUAUUAUGCUAUACUUGGUGUCAGUCGUAACGCUACUGACGAAGAAUUGAAAAAGGCCUACAGAAGACUUGCUCUGAAAUGGCAUCCUGACCGGAACAAGGAUAAUAAAAAGGAAGCUGAGGAAAAGUUUAAGGACAUCAGCCAGGCUUACGAGGUUCUAAGCGAUCCUAAAAAGCGACAGGUGUACGAUCAAUUUGGUGAAGAGGGCUUGAACGGAGGUAUGCCUGGAGCUGCUGGUGGUGCUGGAGGUGCCGGUGGUUUUGGAGGUUUCAGUGGCUUCAACAUUGAUCCUCGUGAUUUGUUUUCGCAUAUGUUCGGAACUUCUGACUUUGGAACUGCGUUCCGCGAGUAUGGAGGUGAUGGUGACGGAGGUUUCCACUUCAGUUUUGGAGGAAUGCCUGGCUCCGGCUUUUCUGGUGCGGACUUCUUCUCUGGAGGUAAUCCAAGACAGCGAACUAGUCGACGCGCCGAGCCUGAGCCUGAGCCUAGGGAACAGGAUCCUGAUGUUGAGCGUCCUCUUCCUGUGUCAGUCCGCGAUAUCUAUACUGGUGUAACAAAGAAACUGAAGAUUACUCGUAAAAUCUAUGAUCAGAGUGGUAACUACUCGACAGAAGACAAGAUCGUGGAGGUCAAUAUCAAGCCUGGUUGGAAGGCGGGCACAAAGAUUCGAUACCGCAAGCACGGAGAUCAGCGUCCUGGUCAUAUUCCAGCUGAUAUUGUUUUUGUUCUCGAGGACAAGCCGGAUAAGGAGUACAGUCGAGAAGACAACGAUCUGAUCUACCACAAAGACAUUCCUCUGGUGGAUGCUCUUUGCGGAACUCGUUUCAUUUACAAGCACCUAGAUGGCCGCAACAUUCAGGUUUUGGCUCCUUCUGUCGUUUCUCCUGAGACGGAAAUCAAGUAUCCUGGAAUGGGAAUGCCGAUUUCGAAGCAGCCUGGAACCUUUGGCGACUUGCGGAUUAAGUUCAAUAUCAAAUUCCCUAAAACGCUGAGUGCCGAAGAUAAAGCUUCGAUUCGGAAUAUGAAGUGCCUGGAGGUUUCAACAGACUAG